AGUUAGCUUCCACUUCGCCAGGGAGCCCAACAAGAAUGUGGAUUGUACCAGAUAACAGUCCUUCAGUUUCAUAAACUCCUUGGCGCACAUAUCCUUCCGGACCGCAUUAUAAUCAGCGAAAACGCAUUUGCCGUAUGCUGUCGCCUGCAGUAACAGAAUCAGUCAGUGGUAACCUUUUCGGGACAGGUCGAUGUACGAACCUGCGCAGAGCAUUGGGCUGUGGCUUUCGCGAACUUCUCAAUUGGCCUUAUUCUCCCGGUCAUAUUCGGAGUGACUGUGAUGGAUUCCCGAUAGCUAUUAUAUGUCCGCACUCGGCCUGGAGGAAUCCUGGUUAUCAGGCCUCGUGGCUCUCUUCCGUUAAAGAAAAAAUCGGCAGGUCCUGAGAUUACAUAAGCUUGCGACCACCAUCCUGGCGCGUUGGCGGGAGAACAAGCGCCAAAAUAAAGGCUUCGCCGCAGCGGAGAACUGACCGUCCCGUCCACUACAUAAUAAUAAUAAUAAUAAUUGAUGUCUCCCCGCAACCAGACCCAGCUCAUGGGAAUUCGAUGUACUGGAUAGAAUCAUGCAUGCGGGUGUUCAUUGCGUCUUCCCACCGAAGUGUUCGAGCUCUUGCAAUACGAUAAGUUGUUUGCAUCGCCUCUAUGUAUCAAACAACGCACCAUAGGUCGCGAAACGCUCGAUGCAUCCACCUCGCGACCACCAAGUCGUACUGGACGAGCAAUUAUCUCUUUCAGAUCAAGAUGUCAACAUCCUCCUCCAGAUCAUCUCCCGCGCGGAGCAGCAGCCCGACGUCCACCGACACCGCUUUCGCGCUAUAUUCACCGCGUAUGACUCCGUGUUGUCAGAAAAUGGCAUCGUGGCGGAAACGGAUCGGACGUACCUGCGCUUUCUAUUCCAGCUUGGAGGCAAGUCGGUGCCGGGUGAUACGCUCUCUGAAAAAUUCGAGAUGCUUUUGUUGCGAAUGGGCAUUAAGCUCGAGUAUGACGACGAGGCAAGAGAGGGGGUUAGAGCUGACGAAGUCACCACUGCGGAUCCAGAAACCAACGAUGCGCAGGCCGAGGAAGAGCAUGCUGAGCAAUGGCAACCGAAUCGGUACCCAACUCUUAGAGGACAGCGCACAAGGCGAGCCUCGUUCAAUUCAAUGUACGAUGCUGCCAAUGAAACUACACAAAGGAGCAUCUAUCGACCUAGCUCUAGAUCUUCGGUGUCGAGGCUGGAACUCGGGACGAGAAUAUUAUCUCCGUCCCCCAGCAGCGGUGAGGAUCCCGUUAGCCACACACCUGCACCCGCGAAUUUGGAAACGGGAAGCAGGAUGACAGACAAUAGAGCUACGGUGAAUACUACUCGUCGUCAAUCUCAUGCUCGUGCAAUUAUUGCCCAACCCGGGCAAUCUCAUGGAAAUCUAAAUGCGCCACGUUUGAACAUUGGUGUAAAUGAAAACAAAGUUACGAACCACAUCAAACCAAAUCGUUUAUCGCUUGAUAGCAGCGACGGAUCCGAUGAUGAGCCUCUUGAACAUGACGAUAUUAUACCCGGAGUUCAAGUACCACCAGAGCUAAUAUACCAGCCUUCUCUAUCCCACCUUCUCCGUGAUGCGUCCACAUUCAACAUGUACCGACAGCGCGGUGCUGUUCGACGAAUAUUUACUGAAUGGUCAGAACGCGCAAAACGAAAACAGCAAAACUUUAACAAUAUGCAAAAAAUAGCUUCCAAGCAUGAUGCAUCCACCCUCCAGCGCCAGGCGUUCGACAUUUGGCGAACAACAUUGCGACAGAAACGCCAAGAAGCCCAGACGGUACGAUUCUUUAAACAUCUUGAGAAGCGUGCUGCACGAGCUCGGGAUUUGUAUUUAAUGACGAAAGCAUUCACUCAUUGGGCUCAAGUUACUUCGGAUGAGGUAGAGAAAACUUCUGCUGCCAGACGGCAUAUCCUCUGCAUAAAGUACUUUAGUGCCUGGAGGGAGAUAACCGCGGUAAACGAGAUGAAAGCCCAACGACUUGCGUUGAUGAAGCCGUUCAAAGCGUGGAAGACUAAGGUUCAGCGGUUCCGGAACGACGAUACCAAGGCUGUUAGUGUUUAUCAUGAAAAUCUUGCGAGGUCUGCGUAUUGGAAAUGGUUCUGGACAUUCUGCGAUCGGCGUGCCCCUCAAUGGAGGGAUUAUCGCUUGAAGCAUAAAUCACUACUAUCAUGGCUCCGGGCAUUACGAACCCAAAGGGAGCGUGACCAGGAGAUAGACAUGGAUGCCAAGCAGACUUGGCUUAAGGCAGUUUUCAAGAAAUGGUCUCAGAAGACGCGUUCCAUUGUUUCGGCUCAACUGCAGGCCGAUAGCCAGUGGAAGGUCGAACUCGCUGGGAAAUGUUUUUCAGAAUGGCGCAUUCGAACUCACCUAGAGCCCGUCGCUAUCAAGGUCUCAGCUUCCGUCAACUCGAGAAUACUCCGUUCCUCACUCAAGACAUGGGCGUUACAAGCACGCAUGUCGAGACAUGCACGAGAAGUUGACCGUCUCCGUGUUAUGCGCAAUGCAUGGACAACAUGGAACGAUGAUCUGCGCUGCCUGGCGCUUUCCUCCCGCAUAGACGAGCGUAUCGUUCUGCAGGCGUUGUAUAAAUGGGUGCUGAUUGCGCGGUUCCGUCUGAUGAGUAGAAUUCACGAACAACGCCUAAAACGCGAGAUGCUGGCGAGAUUAACCUUCAAUUCACGGGGGAUAUAUACACGGCUUCUGCGCCAGGAAGAAGAUUUCCGCGCCCAUCGUUCAAGAGAGUUACUGCGGUCAAAAAUGUAUGAUUGGCGAGAGAAGCUUGCCACUCAAAGACGGCGCGAUCAUGUCGCCUUUGCGUUUUACGCUCCCAGAAUUGAACAGGAAACUCUCGACAUAUGGAGGAGGAAGAUGCGUCACGUUUCUGAAUUGGAGUCCUGGGCGGAGGAUGCUCGUUUCUAUCUUCUCAUGACGGGGUGUCUUAAGCAAUGGCGCACUGCCACAGCAGAUUCGUCGAAAAAGCGACGUCAAGAUGCCUACGCGGCAGUCAGGCGAAAGAUCAAAAUGAACCUAGCUGGCACGGCGCUUUCAGCCUUGCGAUCCAAAGCAGUUGCUAAUUCAAACUUGGAACGCCAGGCUGAUGACAUGGAUCGGAACCGGUUAUUCAAACUAGGGAUUGGGCUGUUUGAUAAGUGGCGUGCGGCAACUGCGCGACGGCGAGCGAACGUGCGUGAUUCGGAGAUAUAUUAUAGUCGACAACUAGCCUAUAGCUACCUUACGCGGAUGGUUGGGCUACUUACUAAAAUUCGCGCUCAGAAUGAUAAGGCUAUCCAAUUCCAAGAAAUACACGUCUCUGCAUUAGGCGCAACCCAACUCCGCAAACUCUCUCUGCGUAUUUUUCAAAUGAAAGCCAGCUUGGAGACUGCUGAUGCUCUGCAUGAGCGAAACCUCCGCAAGCAUCUCAGAAAUAUGUUCAAGCAUUGGUACGGGAAGGUGACACGAUUGUUGGAUGAGAGAGGCGGAGAGUUACCCGGAUACCAUACACCUGGAGCAGGAGGUAUCGAUUAUGAUUACACCAAUGUCACCCCAACACCGCACCGGACAAAUGAAGCGUGGCCUUUAGUGGAUUCAACCCUGACCCUGAGCGAACUGGGCCCGCUUCCAGCCUUUACAGCACAAACCCCAUUACCCACACCUGGUUAUCUGAAUAGCCCAUCGAAGCGAGCCGCCCGGGCUAGGGCACUCGCGCAGGUCUCUACCACCCCAGCUACGCCCAUAAGAACGCCAUUCGCGGCCCGUUUAAGGGCGCAGCAACAGGUGCGAACUGAACCGCGACAGCUUUCGCAGAACAGAGGGAGCAGUACUGUUCAUACUCGACGGAGCUCACUGGGUAAUAUUGUACGGUUUGCUGAUGUUGAUGAUGAUGAUAAUGAUGAUGAUGACGCCGGCGAUGGCGAUGGCGAUGGCGAUGAUGAUGGUGAUGUCGGCGAUGAACCUGAGUCUCCGACCAAGCGAAGAUCUAUGAACAGACCCAGCUGAUUUUCUUUCUUCUAUACGCUUGGGAUUGGGAGUAUGGUUAACGUUCUUUUCCUGUCUGUAUAACUGAAUUUGGUUGGAUUGAUAUGAGACGAGCGCGCUUUGGAUACUUGUCAGGAUACCUUGGGUUUGUAUAAAUACCGCCUAUACUUUGGGUGAGGGUUUGAUUUAUUUUUCCUUUGAUACCGCGGAGUAGUGUUCAUUGUCAUCAGACUUCACACAUGAUUGCUCAGGUGAACGGGUGGAUUAUUUAGUUGAUUUAGCGACCUCUGGAGGUGUCUCAUGAGCGCACAACUAGCCUAUAUAAACACACAUGCAAGGAAGAAUGAGAUACAUUUAGCUAAGUGGACCUCAAACGUAGAAAUGCCUUCAAAAAUGUGUGUAAAUGUUUCAUUCAUUGGAUGUCCGCAGAAACAUCAUAUUUAGCGGCGAUUUCCGCCAUCAUCACAUUGGGCGUUGGAAUGAUUUUCG